AACAAAAAAAAACUCUGUAUAAUAUUCUGAAUCUGUCUUCUUGUUGCUUUUGAGUGUGAAUAAAGGAAUUGAAGGGGCCGGGGUUUCUGAUAAAUCAUUUUGUUGAGUUCAAAUUUUCUGGGAGCUGAGGACAAUGUUGACGGAAAAGCUGAUCGGAGAAGAGUUCGGUCCGUUGUCGCCGCAGUCUUCGACGCAUUCGCUCCGGCACUGUGCGGAGGCGGCGAGGAUUUUCGACGAAUUGCCAAAAGCUACCAUUGUUUCAGUAUCCAGACCCGAGGCUAGCGAUUUCAGCCCUUUGCACUUGUCCUACACAAUUGAACUCCAAUACAAACAGUUUAAAUGGAACUUGUUGAAGAAGGCGUCACAAGUAAUCUAUUUGCACUUUGCAUUGAAGAAGCGCUCUAUAAUUGAGGAAUUCCAUGAAAAACAAGAGCAGGUUAAGGAAUGGCUUCACCACAUAGGAAUAGGAGAACAAACAACAGGCCUGCUGGAUGAUGAUGAACCAGAUGAUGGAGUCAUCCCUUUGUAUAAUGAAGAUAGUGUUAAGAAAAUGUAUGUACCAUCCAGAGCUGCUUUGCCAAUCAUUCGUCCAUCCUUGUGUAAGCAGCAGACCAUCUCAGAUAGAGCAAAACGUGCAAUGCAAGAAUACCUGAAUCAUUUUCUGGGAAACUUGGAUAUUGUAAACUCUAGAGAGGUGUGCAGGUUUUUGGAGGUUUCAAAGUUAUCAUUUUUACCUGAGUAUGGCCCAAAGCUUAAAGAGAAUUAUGUAAUGGUUAAGCAUUUAUCAGUGGUUUCAGAGGGUGAUGACAAUAGAUGUUGUUUGUGCUGUUGGCCUGGCUGUUGCAAUAAUAAUUGGCAAAAGAUUUGGGCUGUUUUGAAACCUGGUUUCUUGGCCUUGCUAAUAAACCCUUUUGACACCAAACUCUUGGACAUAUUUGUCUUCGAUGCACUUCCUUUUGUUAAUGGAAAGGGAGAAGAUCGAGUAAAUUUGGCAGAGGAGAUAAAAGAACGCAAUCCUUUGCGCUAUGCAUUUAAGGUUACUUGUGGGAAUCGAAGCAUAAAAUUUAAAACCAGAAGUUCAGCUGAAGUAAAGAAGUGGGUUUCCAUGAUUAAUGAAGCUGGUCUAAAGCCCAAAGAUGGUUGGUGUAGCCCUCAGCGAUUUGGUUCUUUUUCUCCACAGCGUGGGUUGACUGAGGAUGGUAGUUGCAUCCAAUGGUUUAUAGAUGGAAAGGAAUCAUUUGAAGCAAUUGCUUUAUCAAUUGAGAGUGCAAAGUCUGAGAUAUAUAUUACUGGAUGGUGGCUUUGCCCAGAACUGUACUUGAGACGUCCAUUUCACAACCACAGUUCCUCCAGACUAGAUGCCUUACUUGAAGCUAAAGCUAACCAAGGGGUUCAGAUUUACAUUCUUCUCUACAAGGAAGUUGCUCUUGCUUUGAAAAUUAACAGCUCAUACAGUAAAAGAAAGCUUCUUACCAUUCACAAGAAUGUGAAAGUUGUACGCUAUCCUGACCGUUUCCCUGCUGGGAUCUACUAUUGGUCUCACCAUGAAAAAAUUGUUAUUGUAGAUCACCAUAUAUGCCAUUUUGGAGGAUUAGAUUUAUGCUUUGGCCGUUAUGAUACACCUGAACACAAAGUUGGUGAUUUCCCUUCUUCAAUAUGGCCUGGAAAGGACUAUUACAAUCCAAGAGAAUCUGAACCAAAUUCUUGGGAAGAUGCAAUGAAAGAUGAGCUUGACCGAGAGAGAUACCCUCGAAUGCCUUGGCAUGAUGUCCACUUUGCUCUUUGGGGACCACCGUGCCGAGAUAUUGCUAGACAUUUUGUUCAGCGCUGGAAUCAUGCCAAGAGAAGUAAAGCUCCAAAUGAACACACAAUACCACUGCUAAUGCCACAGCAUCACAUGGUUAUCCCACAUUACAUGGGAAGAAGCCGGGAGGUGGAUGUUGAAAAUAAAAAUGCUGAAGUGAUUGAAAAUUACGACUCAUUUCCUUCAGAGUCACCACCUGAAGAUGUUCCAUUGCUUUUGCCCCCAGAAGCCAGUGACAUGGAAGCUUCUAAUAUAGACAACAAACUAAAUGGUCUUGCUCAAAUUCAUGGUUCUUUUGAUCAGCCAACUGUAGCUGACCGACCAGAACAAACAAUGACAAACCUGCAAGUUGAUUGGUGGGAAACACAAGAGAGGGCUUGCCAAUUUUCAGCUGAUGAAGUGGCAGAAGUUGGUCCUCAAACUAAUUGCUCCUGUCAGGUUGUUAGAAGUGUAAGCCAGUGGUCUGCUGGAACAAGUCACACCGAAGAUAGCAUUCAUAAUGCUUAUUGUUCUCUCAUUGAGAGAGCCGAACACUUUGUCUUCAUUGAGAAUCAAUUUUUUAUAUCAGGCCUUUCUGGGGAUGAAAUCAUACAAAACCGAGUGCUUGAUGCUUUAUACAAGCGCAUAUUGCGAGCACAUAAAGAGAAGACAUGUUUCAGGGUUAUAAUAGUCAUUCCACUGUUACCAGGAUACCAGGGCGCUCUGGACGAUGGUGGAGCAGCAACAGUGAGAGCCUUAAUGCAUUGGCAAUAUCGAACAAUAUGCCGGGGAGAAAACUCAAUAUUGCAUAAUCUGACUGCAUUGUUGGGCCCUAAAACAUCAGAUUUCAUAUCUUUCUAUGGUCUCAGAACUUAUGGCCGACUUUCUGAUGACGGUCCAUUAGUCACAAAUCAGGUUUAUGUUCAUAGUAAAGUCAUGAUAGUGGAUGACCGUGUAGCCUUGGUCGGUUCAUCUAAUAUUAACGACAGAAGCUUGCUUGGAUCUCGGGACUCUGAGAUUUGUGUAGUCAUUGAGGAUAAAUGUUUCAUCGACUCAUCAAUGAAUGGAAAGCCUUGGAAGGCUGGAAAGUUUUGUUAUAGCCUUCGGGUUUCAUUAUGGGCAGAGCACCUGGGUCUACGUUCGGGAGAGAUUUGUCAAAUCAAAGAUCCUAUAGCUGAAACAACAUACAAAGACUUGCUGAUGGCAACUGCUAAGAAUAAUGAAGCGAUCUACCAAGAAGUGUUCUCUUGUGUCCCAAAUGACACCAUACACUCAAGGUCAGCAUUCAAGCAAUGUAAAGAGAAACUGGGGCACUCCAUAGUGGAUCUAGGAGUUGCAGCAGAGAAAGUUGAAGUUUGUGAGAAGGGGGAAAGCACAGUAGUACACAAGUUGAAGUCAGUAAAAGGCCAUCUUGUUUCUUUUCCAUUAGAGUUCAUGCGUGAUGAUGAUUUGAGGCCAAUGUUAAGUAAUCGUGAAUUCUAUACUUCUCCUCAAGUUUUCCAUUGAUCACUCAAGGCAGGGCAGGGCAGGGAUAUUCUUUCAGUCUUCCAUUCAAGCAUCCAACAUUGGUACAUGCAUAUCAUCAUCAAUGUCAUGUACAAUUAUAGACCCCAUAGUGUUAGGGAACUUGUGAAGUAGCAGUUACAACAGGACUUCUGAAUCUUAUUUGAUGCCAAUAUAUGUUUUACAGUUAGUGUUGUAUUUUAUUUAUUUAUUUAUUUUUUGCACCACAGGGAUGUACAGAUUAUUUAUAUUCAAUAAUACCUCGUGAUUGAAUUAAGUUAUUGA